AUGGCUAAUGUUUCCCCCAUUGACAAGGCAUUGGACGAGAAAGAGGUCGAAAUACCCGAGAUCGAUCUCGAGACUGCUGCGGAUCAAACCAGCCCUUGGACUGAGCAGCCUCCCGAUGCUGGCGACGAUGAGCUCCAAGAUGGUAUGCUCCUGCGAGACAUCCCCAGUCGAACCACGUUAUACGAUCCGGUCGCAGAGCGACAAAUGAGCCAGACAGAUGCCAAACUAUUCUACCAGCGAAGCCAAGUCGAAGCCCGCAGCGCCGGUGGCAUUUUGUCCCAGGCGACCUACGAUAGUCCUAUAAUAGCACCAGGGUCUCGACCAGCGACAGAGUAUGGCACUGAUUCUUUGAUCCUCGACACUGAAGAACAGCAAUCCGAUGCACAGUCCAUCUCGAAGCCAGCACCGGGAAUACCAUCGCCAGCUGCGAACAAGUCAGUCACCGUCACGGAUGCCGCUCAAGAUUACCAAGGGUUCUCUGACCCUAGAGGGUCCAAUGUUGAAAACCUUGGUCUCUUAGGAAAUAGUGCAUUCGACACGGAACCGCACAUUACCUCCGAGUUGAGUGCAAUUUCAAAGAGCAUACAGAGAAUCGUGGACCUCAGGCACCGCUACAUCGCUCUGUCCAACCAAGGACCUGACGACAACCCAAGAGAUCAGCCCGGCUGGGACGUCUACCCUCCCCCUCCCGACCCAGCGUGGAAGGAAAACCAGGAGGGAUAUGGCGGUCCCAGCACUCAUGGCGCAAAUCUCUCUGGUGAAAACAACGCCUCCAAACGUCCAGCUCGCAAGAGAAAGCCCGGCCAGGACAUAGGAGAGGACUUUGACAUGGAAGACCUCUACCCACUCCCCGGGGAUGACGGAAUAGCUUUUCAGCUCGACGACAGUGGUGUCUACCAAGUCUUUGAAAACGAAAAGGCCUCCGAGCCCAUGGUUCACGUUCCUACGAUUCGGGAAUUUUAUAUGAACCUCGACGAGAUCCUCACCACCUCUUCAGACGGCCCCAUCAAAAGUUUUUCUUUCCGCCGUCUACAGUACCUCGAGGGCAAGUUCAACUUGUACACACUGUUGAACGAGUACCAGGAGACCGCAGACAGUAAGAAGGUGCCUCACCGUGAUUUUUACAAUGUCCGAAAAGUCGACACACACGUUCAUCACUCUGCCUGUAUGAACCAGAAGCAUCUCUUGCGCUUCAUCAAGAGCAAGAUGAAGAAGUUCCCCAAUGAGGUUGUUCUUUACAGAGAUGGGAAACAUCUCACGCUUGCCGAGGUGUUUGCCAGUAUCAAUUUGACUGCUUAUGAUCUGAGUAUCGACACUCUCGAUAUGCAUGCUCAUACUGAUUCGUUCCAUCGCUUUGACAAGUUCAACCUCAAGUACAACCCCAUUGGAGAGUCUCGUCUGAGGACCAUCUUUCUGAAGACAGACAACUUCAUCCACGGUCGUUACCUAGCAGAGAUCACCAAGGAGGUCAUUUCUGAUUUGGAGUCGAGCAAGUACCAGAUGGUAGAGUGGCGUGUGUCCAUCUACGGCAAGUCGAUUGACGAGUGGGACAAACUGGCUGCUUGGGUCGUCGAUAACAAACUCUUCUCUCACAACGUCCGCUGGCUCAUCCAGAUUCCUCGCCUGUAUGACGUCUAUAAGGCGAGUGGUCUCAUGGAUACGUACGAGCAGAUUGUCAAGAACAUUUUCCAGCCCUUGUUCGAGGUCACUAAGGACCCCUCUAGCCACCCCAAGCUACAUGUCUUCAUGCAGCGUGUUAUAGGGUUCGACAGCGUCGACGACGAGAGCAAGGUGGAGCGGCGACUGUUCAAGAAGUACCCGGUCCCCAAGGUUUGGGACAUGAAGCAGAACCCUCCGUACAGCUACUGGAUUUACUAUCUCUACUCCAACAUGAGCUCGCUGAACCACUGGCGAAAGAAGCGGGGCUUCAAUACCCUUGUCUUGCGUCCCCAUUGCGGCGAGGCGGGUGACAGCGAGCAUCUAGCUGUGGCAGCUCUAUGCUGCCACAGCAUUAGCCACGGACUUCUUCUGCGAAAAGUUCCGCUGCUCCAAUAUGUCUUCUACCUCGAGCAGAUUGGCAUCGCCAUGUCCCCACUCAGUAACAAUGCCUUGUUCUUGGCCUAUGACCGCAACCCCUUCUACCAAUACUUUAGGCGCGGACUGAACGUCUCCCUGUCUACAGAUGAUCCCCUGCAGUUCGCCUUUACGAAGGAGCCUUUGAUUGAGGAGUAUGCCGUGGCUGCACAGAUAUACAAGCUGAGUUCUGUCGACAUGUGUGAACUAGCACGGAACUCUGUGCAUCAAAGUGGAUACGAGCGAUCCAUCAAGCAGAAGUGGCUUGGUCCAAACUGCCAUCUCCCCGGGAGGCUAGGCAACACCAUGGUGAAGACCAAUGUGCCUGAUCGCCGUGUUGAGUUCAGGCUUCAUACCCUUCUCGAGGAGAGAGAUGUCUUGAGACGCUAUGUGAACCACGAUCCAAGCCAGGAAGCAGCUGCCAGCGAUGUGCCCACCGCAAGCACCUUGCCCACGCGGAAACUGAAGCCCAGCAGCUCUAGCGUCAAUUUGGCUAAGCCACCUGCUAUCACGAUGGAAAAGUUGCCAGCUCCCCCGACUUUCAAAAGCGCUGUCGAAGAAUCGCCUCAGAGCACAUCCACGGGCCAAGGAAUUACCUAUUCGACAGACUAUUCCGCGCACUUGUCCGGCCAUGAGGCGCGCGCAUUCCCCGGAAUCUACACGAGAGGUAACCGCAGCGGUAGUAUUCGUAAGGAAGAUGGGGCCGCAGGUUACCGUGACACACCUGAGGGUAGCAGUGCUUAG